AUGGAACUAGUUAUGGAGGGGCCAGAGCUGGGUAUUUGGGCAACAAUAUGUGUGGGUUUUUUUUUGUUUUCAUUUUGGUUUAUUUAUAGUCAUCAACGUAAAUAUGGGAAAAACCUUCUUGUGACAGUAGUAACGGGACUAUCUAUGAUGCAUACACUUGUUACAAUAUGUCUAUAUCCAUUGGAUCUUGCACUUGUUUCUUCUCGGGCGUUUUUUCCACGGUUUUUCUGGGUAAUAGUGCCAUUGAUAGAUGUUACAGUAAGCCGAUUAAAACUGUUGUUUUUGACAGAUCUAGUCUUUUAUGGGUUGCAUUUGCUUGAUUUAUUUUUCGUUCUUCCGUUUACAUAUUAUUUUUACAGCGAAUGGAAUGAAAAUUCAACAACAAAGACAAGAAUUUUUGGAGCCUUUAAGCGUUCUCUUUCUUUCAUGCAAAUAACAAGCCUUAGUUCAGAAAUAGAUCGAUUUCGAGAAAUAUUGACUACAGAGUAUAUAAAAAAAAUCAUGUUUUUUAUUGUAGGUGUUCUUUUAUUGUUCGGUAUGGUCUUUUUUUGUACAUAUACAGCAUUUGGUUUCUCGUUACUGCCUUUAUGGAUUAUAAAAACAAGUCCGAAAAAUAUCCCAACAUCAGCAUCGGACAUGAAACAUGCUCUUAUUCUUAAUCGUGAAAAGCAGAGAACAAUUGAAGUUCGUUGUAUGGGAUUUCAUACUCAAAUGAGUGCGAAAGAUCGUAGAACUCUUCAAUCUCUCCAAAGAGAGGAAAGAACUCUUGUACGUCGUGUUAGACUCGCAGAAGAAAGCAAAAAAAAAUGGAUGCAAUCUAUUUACUCUAUUUUGCAUAUACUUCAAUUACUCAUUGGUAAUUUACUUUUUCUUGUGUCUUUAAUAAUUGUUCUUUCUAUGAUAAUAGCAUUGGCUGAUAAAUUAAGAAAUACAUACAGUAAAAUUUCUUACAAUUAUAUCGAUAAAACACGGAUUCUUAUUUGGAUAGAUUUAUUAUCUGGCCUUUUUUCUAAGGAAAAUACUCAACAUUUUGCUUCCUUUUUACUAACUGCUACUUUUCUUAUAUUUUAUCUUUAUGCAACCUCUGUGAUGGGAAUUUUUAAUAUGAGAAAAACUAUAAACAUUGAGUUUAAUUCAUAUAAAAAAAAAAACACUUUAUCUCAUCCACUCUUAAUUUCUACAGCUAUUUUAAUACUUGUUACGUUUUCAUUUAAUUAUACUCUUAGCGAAAUAAUUAUUCCAAGAUAUAGUCAUUUUGGCAAGCAAACUUAUUGUAAUUAUACUAUUCCUGAUUCUCAAAAUGUUUAUGAUUGUAUUAAUCAUCCGGAAUAUAUUUUCCGAUGUUCUGAAACAAAAGAUCACAUUGCUACUAAAUUUUGUACAUUAUCUAUUUUAAGCACAAUUAUCAAAGACAUAACGAGCAAUUACAAGUUUUUCGAAUCAUGGUACUAUUAUUCUCACUUUUUGUUUUUGGUUAUUUUCUUUCUUUCUUUUAUAUUUCUAAGUUUUUGUAAAAAAUCAGGAAAUAUCUUUAGAGAAAUUGAACCAGAAAGAGAAUGUCUUUUAUCCGUAUUUUAUCACUAUUAA